UCUGUCGUAUACAAAAGGAAAAAGACACCCGCUCCACUGCUCAUCUUCAUUUUGAGCUUCAUCUUCUUCAUCCUAGCCAAAGAAGAGGAGAAGACCCCAUGACGGCGAACAUGGCGACGGAGGAUGCAAUGCCGGAGGAAACGACGAUAACGGCGGCGGCGGCGGAAGAGGCGGAGGAGGAGAGAUGGAGCCUGUACGAGGCGUACAACGAGCUUCACGCGUUGGCUCAGGAGCUGGAGACGCCGUUCGAGGCACCCGCGGUGCUCGUGGUGGGUCAACAGACCGAUGGCAAGAGCGCGCUCGUGGAAGCGCUCAUGGGUUUUCAGUUCAACCAUGUCGGCGGCGGAACCAAGACUCGCCGGCCGAUCACUCUCCACAUGAAGUAUGACCCUCAGUGUCAGUCACCUCUCUGUCACCUCGUCUCCGAUGUUGAUCCCUCCGUCGCCGUCCCCAAAUCUCUCCCCCAAAUUCAGGCAUAUAUUGAAGCAGAAAACAUGAGGCUGGAGCAGGAAGCAUGCCCGUUCUCAGCCAAGGAGAUCAUUGUCAAAGUGCAGUAUAAGUACUGCCCCAACCUUACCAUCAUAGAUACUCCAGGACUCAUAGCUCCUGCUCCAGGACAGAAAAGCCGAGCACUUCAGGUUCAAGCGAGGGCCGUGGAAUCUCUGGUUCGAGCAAAGAUGCAACACAAAGAGUUCAUCAUUUUGUGCCUUGAAGAUAGCAGUGACUGGAGUGUUGCAACUACGCGAAGGAUAGUGAUGCAAGUUGAUCCUGAGCUUUCAAGGACAAUAGUCGUUUCUACAAAGCUUGACACCAAGAUUCCUCAAUUUUCAUGUUCAUCAGAUGUGGAGGUUUUCCUCUCACCUCCUUCAAGCACACUUGACAGCUCCUUAUUGGGCGACUCUCCUUUUUUCACGUCUGUGCCUUCUGGACGGGUUGGUUAUGGACAGGAUUCAGUAUACAAGUCUAAUGAUGAGUUCAAACAGGCCGUGUCACGUAGAGAAACAGAAGAUAUUGCGUCUCUGGAGCAAAAGUUAGGCCGUUUGCUGACAAAACAGGAAAGAAGUAGGAUUGGCGUUAGUAAACUAAGGUGUUUUUUGGAAGAACUACUCUGGAAAAGGUACAAGGAGAGUGUUCCGUUGAUCAUUCCACUUCUAGGAAAGGAGUAUCGGAGUACAAUUACAAAGUUGGACAGCAUUAGCAAGGAACUCAGCUCUUUGGAUGAAGCAAAACUAAAAGAGAAAGGAAGGACUUUCCAUGAUCUUUUCUUAACCAAGUUAUCAUUGUUAUUGAAAGGAACAGUUGUGGCGCCUCCAGAUAAAUUUGGUGAGACAUUGCAAGAUGAAAGGAUGAAUGGAGGAGCUUUUGUUGGUACUGAUGGUCUUCAGUUCCCUCAUAAGUUAAUACCAAAUGCUGGGAUGCGCCUUUAUGGGGGUGCACAGUAUCACCGUGCCAUGGCUGAAUUCCGUUUUUUAGUUGGUGCUAUCAAAUGCCCACCAAUAACGCGGGAAGAAAUUGUAAAUGCAUGUGGAGUCGAGGAUAUUCAUGAUGGAACAAACUAUUCCAGAACAGCUUGCGUCAUAGCAGUUGCAAAGGCUCGUGACACAUUCGAGCCUUUUCUUCAUCAGUUAGGUGCCAGGCUUUUACACAUUCUGAAGAGAUUGCUUCCAAUAUCUAUAUACCUUCUUCAGAAAGAAGGUGAAUACUUAAGUGGCCAUGAGGUGUUCCUCAACCGGGUUGCUUCAGCUUUCAACAGUUUAGUGGAAACUACAGAAAAAACAUGCCGCGACAAGUGUAUGGAAGAUUUAGCAAGUACUACUCGCUAUGUCACAUGGUCUCUUCACAACAAGAACCGAGCUGGUCUACGCCAAUUCUUGGAUUCAUUUGGCGGAACAGAACAACUAGCUACUGCAGGUAAUCCUGUGGCACUCGGUUUUCCUCAAGAUGCACAAGCCGGAACAGCAGUUCCCGACGCAAAAUCAAGGUCAGACAUAAAGCUCAGCCAUCUGGCUGUGAACAUUGAUCCAGGUUCCAGUAUUCAGACAUCAGAAACACGGUUGGCUGACCUUCUAGAUAGCACGCUUUGGAACCGAAAACUUGCUCCUUCGUCUGAAAGGAUUGUAUAUGCCUUGGUACAACAGAUAUUCCAGGGAAUACGAGAAUAUUUUCUCGCCUCGGCGGAGUUAAAGUUCAACUGUUUUCUUCUAAUGCCAAUCGUUGAUAAGUUGCCUGCCCUCCUCCGAGAGGAGCUAGAAAAUGCUUUUGAAGACGAUCUCGAUAGUAUUUUUGACAUCACAAGUCUGCGGCAGUCACUUGAUCAGAAGAAAAGAAGCACGGAGAUCGAGCUGAAAAGGAUAAAGAGGCUCAAAGAGAAAUUCAGAGAGAUGAACGAGAAGCUAAGCUCUCAUGAAUUUGCAAAAAAUCUGUUUGCAGAUCCAUUGCAGGCUGGGUUCAAAGAUGUGUAACCUGAAGUAAUAUCUCCCUUAUGUAUUCUGUUACAAACUUGGAUCCCAAGCAACAAGCUCUAGGUUACUUGGAGCAGAAGCAUAGUCAAGAACGUCUAGGGGCGUAUCAUAUAUGCUACAUGUGAAAUGGAGACUGUCGACACAUAUUUGUAAGGUAUUGAUUUCGCUUUGUACUCUGUUUCGUCAAGAUUGUGUAUUGUGGCUAUGUAUCUGUCGUUUAGUAGAUCUUUCAUGCACGACCUAAAUUAAGAUAGAAGAAAAGCACAUAAUAGCUUAAAAUAA